AUGGGUGAAUCACAUGGCUUCGGGUCUGUUCAGUCUGUGGCCGAGGACUCUCGACUAGCUCAAUUGGAGCGUCAGGUUUCGGUGUUGCAGGCGGAGCGUGAUGCCGCCCAUUAUGACCUGUCGGCUCUGCGCGCUUAUUUUGGCCGAUCCACGUCACCUGCGGACCUUAUCGAUCGAUGCGAUCUCCAAACUGGCCAGUCGGUCAAUGAACCUCAAGACGAUGGUAUAGAAUGUAAUGAGAACGGUUGCCGAAAACCAGAACACUUCAGUGCCCUCGUCAAGAGUCGCAGUCGCAGUUGCAGUGACACCGGCAGCCACAAUGGAGAGUUCAUAAUGGGCACCUUGAUUUCUCAAUCAGAUGCCAGAGUGAGACAGCUCGUCGGCAAGACUGAUCAGAAGUUGGAAUCGCUUUCUACAAAGCUUUCAGCGGUGAUUCGGCAUGACUCUAGUAGGCAUCAAGUGCCUGAGAAGGUAGAGAUUUUGGAGGAGCAGGUAAGGAGACUUAUAAAUCAGCUUAACAGCUUACAGACUGUCUAG